UUGAUGAAAACUGAUUGAUGUGAUGGGGCACUGGGACAUGUCACCUCAGAGUGACCCUCUGCACCCCUAAUGUGUUUGUGCUGGACUGGUUGCAAUCAAUCUUCUGCUGGAAACUCCCCAUCUACACCUCCCACACUUUUGGAGAGUUUGUCCUGCUCUGUAUAGCGAGCACUUCCUACCAUGGGUGUCAAACUGUAAAAUCAUGAUUGACCCAAGAUAAGAAGCAUAUUUUUUAAAUGAGGCAUUUAAUGCCAUUUAUAAUUGUGUAAAGUUGACAACCAGCAGUUAACAAACACGGUGCUAAUCCUUUCUGAUAGAUUUCUUGUAAAUGGGAUGAAAUAAUGUGUCAAGUGCACCAGAACUAGAUUACGCCCAGAGAGGGGGCAGCCGAGUAUGAAAUCGGACAUGAUGACCCAUCGAUCACUUCACCACAGAAGAAAACUAUUGAUCGCACAAGGCCUGUGCGGAUAACUGACUAUAGUAUCGAUAACGUGGGGCGUUCCAGCCACAUCAGUAUCUGUGUUUCCUUCUCUUUGCUUCAACGUAUGGAGGAAAUAGACUCCUAUAAUUGAGUGCUUUACAUAGUCAGAGCAUAUGAUCUGACUUUACAAAGCAUCUAUUGGGAAACAGCUUGGCUAUUAGAACCAACACACACCUACGUGAACAACCCCAAAGAUAUGUUCAGUCACCAUCCGUGCUGUUAAAUGUACGAGAGUUUGUGUGUAUGGAGGAAAAAACUGUCAAUAUGAUGAGAUAACUAUUAUGACAAAUUUAAAAAUAAAAAGUCCUGAUGUGCUAAGAUCGAGGUCAGUAUUGGGAGUUAAAGCCAGUUAGGACUCCAUCACCGUGGGGGCCAUGAUCUAAAUGCAGCAGAAGCUGCUGGUAUCGACGUCCCCUGGUCACUGUGGUGUUGGCAGCCUUCCCUGUCAACAGCUGCUCAGUUGCUCCCACUUUGUCGCUGGCAACAUUGAGGCAGAGGCGGGUCACAGGAGUUUAGGUGAUGUGCAGGGGCUCAUGUGGAGGGCGCCAACGAUUUUCAAAACUUUUUGGUGACCGCGUCAGGGCUGCAUGACCAGAGGAGAUUUAAGUCACCACCGGCAGUCUGUCCAUGCCGCUGCAAGUCACAAUGGCAGAGUGAAGAUGGGGGACUGGAACUUCCUUGGGGGGAUUUUGGAGGAGGUGCACAUCCACUCCACUAUGGUGGGAAAGAUCUGGCUCACCAUCCUGUUCAUCUUUCGCAUGCUGGUCCUCGGGGUGGCAGCGGAGGACGUGUGGAACGACGAGCAGGCCGACUUCAUAUGCAACACUGAGCAGCCCGGAUGCAGAAACGUGUGCUACGACCUGGCUUUCCCAAUCUCCCUCAUCCGCUACUGGGUGCUGCAGGUCAUCUUCGUGUCAUCCCCCUCGUUGGUGUACAUGGGCCACGCGCUCUACAGGCUCCGGGCGCUGGAGAAGGCGCGGCAGAGGAAGAAGGCACUGCUGCGGCGGGAGCUGGAGCUGGUCGACGUGGAGUUGGCGGAGGCCAGGAGGAGAAUUGAGCGGGAGAUGAAACAGCUGGAUCAGGGGAAGCUCAACAAAGCUCCUCUGAGCGGCUCCCUGCUGCGCACGUACGUGGCUCACGUCGUUACUCGAUCGGUUGUUGAAGUGGCCUUCAUGACAGGCCAGUAUCUCCUAUAUGGCUUCUACCUCUACCCGCUCUUCAAGUGUGAGCGAGAGCCCUGUCCCAAUGCUGUGGACUGCUAUGUCUCCAGACCAACGGAGAAAAGUGUCUUCAUGGUGUUCAUGCAAUGCAUCGCUGCCAUCUCCCUCUUCCUGAACAUCUUGGAGAUCGUGCAUCUGGGCUACAAGAACAUUAAAAAGGCUAUCUUGGACUUCUACUCUCACCUGAGAGAUGAGAGGGAUGAACUUGAUGACCACAACGCCAAUAAGUAUAAGAAAGAAUCUGUCGUGCAAAUAUGCACCGGUGCCGCCCGGAAGGCGACGAUCACCUCUGCACCCAGUGACUACAACCUCUUGAUGGAGAGGGUGCAGGGCACAAACGUGUAUCCGAACCUCAUCAAACCUGCAACUUUUCUACCUCUUCAGGGCGAGCAGGCCACUCAGCAGGAUUUGGAUGAUUGCAGAUGUGCUGCCCAAAGCCCCCCAAGGCACACCGGUACCUCGACUAUCAAUGAGCCCUGCUCACCGCGCUGCGACUCCCUGAUCAAUCCAAAGCAGGCGGUCAAGGACUCUUUACACCUUCCCCCGCACAGCCAGGAAGAGGGCAGUGACAGAGGGAGCACAGACUCUCCGAAAUGCCCACAGAGGGCAGCUCACGCGUCCUCCCUCCCCACGCUUCCGGCGAGCGCAUCGAGGAAACCAUGGAUGACUCACGACUCUUUCAAAUGCUUCACAGUGCUGGAGGGCAAGAGCUCUGACACAGAUUCAUACGGGGGCGUGAAAGCCGGCAGCGGACCUCCGUCCACUCGCACCCGGUCAAAAUUGGACGACAAACAUCGAAGCCAGCCCUCCACCCCCGAGUCACUGAGUGAGUCCAGCUCAGGAUCCAGCCACGACCAGAGACCACCGUCCUCCAACUGCAAAACAUCGAUGGCAAGUAACACAAGCAGCAAGCGAGCGCCGGACCUGCAGAUCUGAACUUUGAACUAUCCCCAGACUUCAGUGUUGCAGAUUUGCCCUUUUCUAUCUCUAUAUUGAACCUGUGGAUUUAACAGCACUGAAAGCGGCUUUCGAACCGGGUAGAGUUUGCCAAUAUCUGCUUUUAGUUCCGUUUUUGUCCGAAACUUUAAAAAAUGAACACUUAAAUCCAAUUAAAGGGGCAGCAAGUGAUUGUGGAGCAAGCUUGUUUCUCUCUUUGUGGUUGUUGUUGUGAUUUAAAUUCUCUGGCCGGGCCGCGUAUACGCUUGCGUAUGGGAGAUCGACGCACUAACCACUAGGCCAAAACCGCAGAGUUGCAGCUCCACCCGCUAGCACGUCUCUUAAGGUGUCAACGAGUGAUGUUUACGAACUUCACACAACUCUCUGUUGUGUGGUGUGGUCUGCACCAUUCUUUUGUAACUGAUUUACAGAGCCAGGGCUGAACUGAAAACCCAGAUUUCUUUUCGCCGCACACACAAUAACAACAGCUGACGCAUGGUGAGGAAAAUCUUUGCUGUUUUUCUUUACAAAACGUGUAUUGCUUUAGUAUCACUUACUGCCCCUUUAAUGUGGCAUGAUGCUUUAAAAACCACUGCAGUUCAACUAAUGCUAUGACUGUUUUUUGUGACAUAUUACAGUAAGAAAUAACAGAGGACUUUAAACUACUCACUUUGGAAUAACUUUCAGUUGUGACUAUCUACAUACAUUGCUCACAAAUUAGCAGGAAAGAAUUAAUAUAACCAAAGUUAAAUUGUUCCGUCAUAAAUCUUGAUGGUCUUACACACGGUUAGAUAGCCCUGGGCCAAAUAUACAGUAGAUGAGUUAUCGUAAGUGAGGCUUUCAUAGAAGUGUCUAAUAUAUCUAAAUAAAUUUGCCGUUGGAUACCUGAACAUAUCAAUAAACAGCGAACGCAGAAACACUGUCCUCACCAACACAAACACUUGCUGUUUUCUGUGCUGCUGGAUAGUUUUGACUCUCAAAAUUUUUUAAUCUGAUUCAACCUGGCAGUAAACCAGAUGUGCUCUGCUUUUGUCUCUGUAUCAGUGUUAUACUUUGUUUGUUUACUGAGCCUAUUUUGUUAAUUUUUUAAGUGUAAAACGUCAUGUAAUGACUGUAAUGUAAUAUCAGGGUUUCUGCAGUGUUCAUGUACAUUGCAUUUAAAUACAAAUUUCACAAUCCUAUUGGUUCAAAAUAAAAAAUAUAUAUACAUGACAACCAGAGGGGACAAUGUGGUUUAGAGCCAUUUACCAAGUUAAUGAAAUCAUUAACAUACAAGCAUAUUUUUGUCAGGUACUUUCUACUUUUUUUUAUAACAAUUAGAGCUGAAACAAUUAUUUGAUUAAUCGUAUUAUCUACAGAAAAUAAUUCACUUUUUUGAAAAAUCAAUGAAUCGUCUGGGUCAUUGUUCAAGUAAAUAUUGCAAACAUUUGACAACUUCAGCUUUUUAAAUUGCUGCUUUUCUUUGUUGUACCUUAUGGUAAACUGAAUUUCUGUAGGUUUUGGACUGUUGGUCAGAGAAGAUGUUUGAGGACAUCCUCUUGGGGUUUUGGGAGUAUUUUUAUUUUUACUGUAUUGCAGUGUUUUAUAACAUUUCACAUUUAUUAAAUUAUGAAAAUAAUUGAGUUACAGCCCUAAUAAGAUUAAACUCUAACAAUAGCGUUAAUUGAUCAUUAAAUAUAACCUGGUUAUGUAGAUGAAAAGGAAUGAAUGAAUUAAUGGAGGGACUCACCAAUUUAAAAAAAUGACUGAUUUCAGAUCCAUGUGAUUUUUUUUAAAUAAAGAGAACUGGCUCAAGUUUCAGCUGUGGUUAGUUUUGGCUAAAAGAUAC